CUGCUGCCAUUGGUCAGGAUGCUGGUCCAUCCGGGGACCCCGGAUUUCCGGUCCGGCCCGUGGCGUCGCUGUGGAGAUGGUGCGAUUCAAACACAGGUACCUGCUGUGCGAGCUGGUGUCGGAGGACCCCCGCUGCCGCGCCUGCCUAGAGGAGCGGGUCCUCUUCGGCCUCGUGCGGGACGCCAUCGCCCGGGCGCACGGAGCCUUCGGCGCGGCCGCCUGCGCCGUGGCCUUCACAGUGAAGUACCUCAAUGCCUACACUGGGGUAGUGCUCCUUCGAUGUCGGAAGGAAUUCUACCAGCUGCUGUGGUCAGCUCUGCCCUUUAUUACUCAUUUAGAGAACAAGGGACAGCGCUAUCCCUGCUUCUUCAACACACUGCACGUGGGAGGGACCAUCAGAACCUGUCAGAAGUUCUUGAUUCAGUACAACAGGCGACAGCUUCUGAUCUUACUGCAGAAUUGCCCCGAUGGAGAGGAACGGGAGUCCAUCAGAAAGUCAGUCAUGAGCUGUUCGUUAGAAGAACCGCAGGAAGACCAGCUUUCAGAAAGUGGAAGUGAAGAGGAUGCCACAGAGAUGGAAUGAGUAUAUAUCUGCAGGGAAGCUAAGCCCUCUCACAGAUGCAGUCAAGUUGCUGCUCACCACCUCUACCCAGCUCAAGGUGGCUUCAACCCCGUCUCCUAAGGCAGGUAGCAAAGCCUCUCUGUUCUCUGCCUCAGAAGAUUCGGGAGUAAAAUCCCUGUGGUGGAAAACCAUGACCUUAUGAAGCAAGAACUGUUUUAAACCGAAUUUCCUGCUGCUUAUCCCCUUUCAAUAUAAUUUUUGUGGCUGUGAACAAAUGCCCUCUCCCUCCCUGUAAUGGUUCCUCAGUUUUCAUUGAAGCCACAGGCAGAACAAUCCAAUGAAUUUGGCCCCACUGGAAUCUGGGAAAAGGACUCCCCUUCCCCCACCUACCACCAAAAACAGACCAGUUAUUCACACUAACCCUCCCUCGUGAGGUCAUUCUUCCCCUGCUCUUAGGAAUUUCUAGGACAGGUACGUGAGAGCAAGAACGCAUUUGUUUUGACUUUCAUGCUGAAUGUAAUUUUUAUUAAACUACCUGUUGGUUUUCCUGGUUGGUCUUGGAACGGGAUUAAGUUACCUUAAUGGGUUGCACUUAGCUCCAAAGAAACCAGGGGCUAGGCCUGCCUUUUCCUGGUCAGUUGGACUUCUUCCCGAGAAACACAAGGGCCAGUAUCAUUGCAGAAAGCCAACACACCCUAGGUUUCAGCUGCUGGGCAAGGAAACCCAGCCUGAAUCACUGGGCCUGUGCCACAGCUCCUUCCUGCCCUCUUGGUUGUGUGGAAAGAAUGUGUCACUUCUCCCAAUGUCUCAUAGCGGCCCCUUCCUCAGGCCAGCUUCUGGCCUGCUCUGAUUGUGUACGGCCCAGCUUGAUCCAAAAGGAGGGGAAGGCAAAAGAAAGGAAGCUGCAGAUGUGUUUUUGAGCUCUACUGGAGACGAUUACCUGGGGUGCAGUUUGGCCAACAGUCCUAGGUUUGUUUUUUGUUCAAAAAAGAAGGCUCACGCUUCCUCUUGUGCAUAUGAUUUAUUGCAACUGUUUGCCUUCGCCAUUACGUUACACCUAGAGGUCACUUUAUUCAACAACAACAAUCCACAUCACUGAAACGCAGCUUCAAACCAAACCCCAAGCAGCACGUGAUGAGACUGCUCCAGAAGGGGAGAGAUGCAGACGUACAGGGCCUUACUGCUUUCAGCCCAGCUCAGUAUCAAGCCCACGCGCCUCCUGCAUCCCAGCCGGAGGUCCUAGCUCAAUAGCAGUGGUUUCCUCUACCAGUUUUGUCCCUCAGACCUGUCCCACUGGUACCUCCAUGCCAACCAUGAGGUAGGCACGUGGUCACUGCAGCUUUCUAACCAAUCAGAGUUAACAGCUUUUCCUUGCUGAGCCAUUAGGUAGAGAGGAGUUAGGUUUAGAGGUUCAUGGAGAAGCCUUCCCUCUCCCAGGCAAGUCCAAAAUCCAACUGCUGUGUACUUGGAGACCUUAAGCCCUCUGAACUUGGCACUACAGGCUCUCUGCCGGUCAGAAGAAAAACAAUUGCAACUUGAGCUGGAUGUCCUAAAUCCAAUCUAUGCCCACACCCUUCUGUUCUUUAAAAAGAAAGAGAAAAUCCAGAACAGGUAGAA